AUGCGGGUGUUGUCUGGAAGGUGGAACGAAGUGUCUGGAUACGAAGCUGUCGAGGCUCUCAAGAAGGAUGUGGAGUUGGCGGGUGAGUUCAAUAAUGCCCAGCAGCAUCAAUGGAAGCACAGGAUGGGGCUCAUUGCUCAGAGCAGAGCGCAGCUACGUGGUCGCUCAUGGUAUCUUAUAUGAUCUUUCUGACUCUGACUCAUCCACAGAGCAAAGGCUGGCGAGCCUCAGAGCGCAGCAAAAUGAAGCGUUGCAGGCACACAGGAAAGCAGUAGCCCAGCGUUCCGAGACACAGCGCACGCUCAAUGAUCUUCUCUCGCGCAAGUCCUCGUGGUCCAGCUCCGACUUGGCUUCAUAUACUGCUCUACUCCAAUCUGAGCACUCUGAAUCAGCAAUGGAAAAGGAGGCAGGGGACAAGUACGAGGUCGCGGAAAGGCAGAGGGAGAGAGCUUGGGAUGAUGUGGUUAGGAAGACUUUGGAGCGAUUCCACGAAGAGUGGAGGUGGAGCGAGAGGGGGAGAACCCUUGGGAAUUGGGUCAGCGCUGGAGUUGUCGGCCUUAAUGGUGAGACGAUGCUUGGCGGAUCCACUCAUGCCAUGCAGCGCCAGGGAGCUGACAUUCCCUUCCUCUACGCAGUCGUGCUUUUCAUCACAGCCAUACUCAUAGUAGAGCCGUACAAAAGGCGAAAGCUGGCACAGACGUUCGAGACUCGUCUACUCCAAGGCGAAGCCGCCAACUCGGCGCGCAUAG